AUGGUAAAUAUAAAUGAUCUUGCUGAUGAGGCGAUUCAGUUACUCAAUGAUACUAGCCAUGCCAAUUACCGAAUAGCCGUUAUGAUAGUGGGUCCACCUGGGUCAGGAAAAUCUACUGUGGCCAAUAAGCUAUGUAGGGAACUCAAUGGCAGAUUCCAACAGUAUCUUCAGGAAACCAAGCUUUCAGGACAUUCAUUGAAUGACUCCAAUGAGGACAUUGAUUUAAUUUCGAAUAUCAGUGAUAUUUCUCCAGAAUUGAUCGGGAAGCUACAGAGAGAUGAUGGGAUCUUUGUAGAGUCAGUUGAAGACGUCAACUUUAAACCUAUCAAAAGAGUGAGAAGCGAUGGCAAGGUGGAGAUUUUGGGUCGUGGUGGUCAAUCGAACGCCUUUACGAUAUCUAAACAGCCCCUAUCGAGGCGGGAUAAUAUCUCAAUUGCGCAGACAAUACCGAUGGAUGGAUUUCAUCUCUCCAGAAGAUGCCUAGACUAUUUUGAAGAUCCCAAGAAAGCCCAUCUAAGAAGAGGAUCUCCACCCACGUUCGACAGUAACAACUUCUUACAAUUGUGCAAAGUCCUCGCGAAGACUUGCACAAUCAAACCACCUGCUUGCGAAUCUUCAGGCUGUUUCGAUUUCAUCUCGAAGACCUUUCUCUCGAAUAUGCCAACUAUUACUAUACCAGGAUUUGAUCAUAAAAUGAAGGAUCCAACGCCCAAUCAGUAUUCGAUCGAUGGCUAUACUAGGAUCCUAAUUUUUGAAGGAUUAUAUCUGCUAUAUGAUAAUGAAAACUGGCGCAGUAUACAUAAAACGUUACUGGAUACUGGUGCCCUACUGGUUUGGAACUUGUAUAUUGAGGAAGGGGUGAUUGAAGAAAGAGUAGCCAAGAGACACCUAGAAGCGGGUCUCGUUGCCACUUUGGAAGAUGGAAUGCAGAAGUUCCAGCUCAACGAUUUGGUCAAUGCUCGCCUCAUCAAAGAACAUUUGAUCAAAGAUAAAAGGAUCGUUAAUAUAAGGAAUGAUUGA